CUUGACGCGGUAGAUGCUCCGCUCCGUUAAGCCGCUCACGGUGAUAAGUAACGGGCAGGUCAGAGGCAGUCGGAGCCUGUUUAUCACUCGGGGACCGACGCUCGGCGGACGCUGACCGGAUUAGGGUCCGUCUCAUUCAUAAACACCGACAUCGUUUGUAAAUGCUCGAGCUGCUGUCAUAAAGCAGACAAGAUGAUGAUCUCCCCGUGGGACCGCUGGUACUCCACAAGCUGCUGUCUGUGCUGCCAUGUCCGCACAGGAACCAUCAUCCUGGGGGUCUGGUACAUGCUCAUCAAUGCCGUGGUGUUACUCAUCCUGCUCACAGCACUCAGUGAUCCUGAGCAGUACCACCUGACCAGCGCUGAAUUGGCUAAUGACCUGGAUGUCAUGGAUGACGCCAACAUGUGCAUUGCCUCAGCGAUCUCUCUGCUGAUGAUACUCAUAUGCGGGAUGGCAACAUAUGGUGCAUACAAGCUCCGUGCCGCCUGGAUCAUCCCUUUUUUCUGCUACCAAUUAUUCGACUUUGCUCUCAACACGCUGGUGGCUGUCAGCAUUGUGGUUUACCCAAACACAAUACAGGAUUACCUGCAGCAACUGCCUGAUAACUUCCCCUACAAAGAGGAGAUUGCUGCUCUCAGUAACGUGUGCUUGGUCCUCAUCGUGUUGCUCUUCAUUGGCUGUAUUCUCGCCUUCAAGGCUUACCUGAUAGCAUGUGUGUGGAACUGCUACAGAUAUGUGAGUGGCCGGAGUACUUCUGAAAUCCUGCUCUACGUUACGACCAAUGACACCACGGUGCUGUUACCCCCCUAUGAUGACAGUAUCAGCAUCCCUCCAAAGCAAGCUCCUCCACCUUACACCACCGCUACAGCAUGAAAACAUUCCCAGCAUCCUGCUGCCUGGACCCUGCCGUUAAUAAAACCCCAGCAGAAUUUAUGCACCACACUGCCUCUCCAGUGUACAAUAUAUUCAUCGAUAUAUUGUUGCUACACACACACACACAUUGCAGCACAUUCAUGCAUGCACAGACAUGACCAAAAUGAUCUCACACACACAUAUGCACAUGCACAAACCUCUACCACCACCGUGACCUCUCAUCCCUCCCUGUUAUUUAUUGGUAUUAUUGAUACUGUAACUCUUCCAUGUGUGCAUUCUGUUUCUGUAAGUAUGAUUCCAGAAAUGAGCAUGUGCAUUUUUAUGCAUUUGAACCUCGUUGUAAUAAGGCACUAGAAGGUUUGAUAGAUGAUUCAAUAUAUUUUUAUCAAUUCUACUUACUGUGUAUGUACCUGUAAUAGUAUUUUAUGUGUCCUCCCUUUGAUAGACAUGUUUAGGGUACGCACAAAUGCAAAAAUGACGAUUAUUGCCCACAGUAAUGAGGGAAACAUUGUCGAGUGUUUCCUAUUUGUCUUGUCUCUGCUCGUGAUCAGGGUUGGAUUGCCUUUAUUCAUAACUUUCUCUCUGAUGGGGUGCCCUUUGUAUAUCCAUGAGUGAAGUGUCACCUUGACUAGACCUUUUCCCAAAGAAAUGCAUCUGCCUGUAUUCUGAAAUGAACGAAGAGCAACCUAGUGUAUAUCGAACAUAUCACCCUCUUUUAUGGUUUCAUCCAACUGCAGACAGAAAUGUCUUGUGUUAGUAAAUUCAGAGUGUUGAGUUGUGGUGGUUGACCUUCAUAACUUUUAAAUGUAGUUGUGUGUUUCUACUGAUUGAUGAGAACUGUCGUGGGCUGCUAUUUUAUCUAUUUUUGACAGCGCAGAAGUAGCACUGAUCUGGAAUCAGUUUGCUUUUUGAAGUCAUGAGAGUAUUCAUGGGAAUCUGGUGCGGUGACUCUAGAUCUGGCCUCUCUCUAUGUUUAGGAGCUCAGUAAAUUCGGACCCUACGGAGCUUGUGUUUUUUCAAUUAAGCCAAUGGGAGCUUCUGGUCUGCGUGAACACACAGGUCUGUUCCACCAGAUGCAGUUAUUGGCAAACUGCUUCCUGGACACAAAAUGUACUACAAGGACACAAAAGUCAAAGCAGAAGACAGAAAAAUAAAGAUGUGACAUUCAUUUGUCUAUUAAAAAAACUACACCGACAGAUGUUUGUGUCUUAUUUUG